AAAGCGCAUGCGUUUGGGUGUAUCGUGUAUUGGCAGAUUUUCAGAAUGAAUGCAAACAUCAUCGAAAGAUUAACACCCACGAAAUGUCGUGAAUGCAAAUUCGAAGAAUGUUAGUUACAGACGAUUCACGUGUGAAACUACAGAAUGUGACUCACGACCGGUGUCGGUGUGUAUUGAAUAUUUGACAACAGAAGAUCACUUGACAAACUUUGACGUGGGAUGUUUGUAAUGCUGUGCUAUGUAAACGCUCACUCACUCACAGGUUCGGGUGAUUCCCGGGUCUGUUGUUUACGAACUGUUACCGUUGAUACAGAUCACAGAAAGUGAUCCACUAUGUAUACGUAAACUGUCAUGCGAUUCAGUAUUGUACAUAUAAUAAGACUUGUAGCUAAAUUAUCCUAAAAAUGAUGUCGUUUAUGAUGAAAAAGAAACGUUUCAAGUUCCAUGUAAACUUUUGCAUUGAGGAACUGUCAUCUGUGCCUUAUGUUAGUGGAAUAUUAUUUGCAAAGAUUCGACUGCUGGAUGGUGGCAACUUUGCAGGCCAGUCUGAAAGGCAGGACAUCACCAACAACUGUGUGAAAUGGAAGGCUCCAUUCAGUUUCCAGUGUAAGAUGACUGCCAAUGCUAACACCGGGUCACUUGAUGAGUGUAAAUGUCGCAUCUCCAUCCGCAGGGAACUGAAGGGAGGGAAGACAUACCAGAAGCUGGGGUACAAAGAUGUAGAUCUGGCAGAGUAUGCAGGGUCAGGCUGUCAGACGAAGAAGUUCCUUCUGGAGGGUUACGACUCCAAACACCGGCAGGACAACUCCGUCAUAGAAGUUACCGUGGAAAUGUCUCUGGUGUCUGGAGACCCUGUGUUCAAAGUCCCUCAAAAGAGCAAGUCCGUGUUUUAUCAUUUGCCUGGGGAGAUGAUGGAUGUACAGGAACAAGAAGCACGGUGUAUUGAGGACUGCAGUGAGGGGAGUCUUGCCUCCAACAGCAGUGGCUUUGACAGUCUGCCCAGGAAAGACCGCCCCACUAUCCUCCCUGUAGAAAAUCCUCCAGAGUUUGAGAUCAGCCAUGACUUUGAGAAGAGCCACUCGCGCAACAACAGCUAUGCAAGCCAGCAUUCUAAAAGCUCAACAGGCUAUGUCUCUCUGUCACAUAGUCGUCAGUCGAGUAUCGGCAAUGAAAACCCUACACACACCAGAUUUUUGAAUGUAUUUUAUUUAAGUCCAAGUGCUGGAUCUGCCCUCAUCAAUGAUCUCAUCAAAGGUGACCGGAGAAAGAAAUUUGAGGAUUCAAUGAAAGAGAGAAGGAUGGACUCCACAAGAGUAGAUGCUACUGGGGUUGUUGACGAGCUUUUCAACUCGGCAGACCUUCUGUCCUCCCGAGAAGAAAGUUCAGGACUACAGCUGCUGGUAGAUAAAGAUGGUACGACGGCCCUGAGGUGACGACUGGGACCCUAGGAAACGGGACCUUAUUUACAGCCCCCAGGCCAUCAUUGGAUUGGAACCAUAGUCGUUGGACCUAGUUUUAACGUCUCUAUAUGUCUCCACAUGGACCAGUAAAUCCAGAUCACUACAGGGAGAUCAUUCCCUGAGAAUUCUUAGGGCGAUUCCCUAGGAUAGCACCUCAACUUAUUCCUGUUUGAUUUUUAUAACAAUUGUUAAGAUGUUUCUUGUGGAGGAGGAGGAGGAGGUUCCAUUGAACUGAAACAAGUCUUACAGAUUUUGAAUUGAAACCACUUUCCUGAGAGGAUACUAUAGAUUCAACAAUCAAUGUUCCUAUGUUGUGAUUUUCUGUUAGAAGAUAUUACCAGAUGUCUUCACUGACCCAGUAACCAUUUAUAAACAAUUAACCAUGGCAAGUUUUACAAAUAACCGUGAAAGUGUUAACAUGUAACCAUGGCAGUGUUUUGCAACCAUGGACUUAUUUACAUGUAACCAUGGUGGUGUUUAUAAAACCGUUUGUAUGUAAUAAUUACUAAUGGAGGUCUCCCUUCCUUUUUGGGUCCUGGCAGUGAUAAUGGCCAUCAAUUAAAACAUGUAGAUGUGUGUUUACAGGCCACUAGUGUACUGGACAGAUAGAAAUGUCCAUUAUACAGGAGACUUUAGCAAACGGAUGGAUAUGAUAAGGGAGAUAACUCCAGGCAUCAAGUGACACAUGUCCAUAUCUAUUUUCAGAUUCUUCCAUUUCAGCUGUUCUCAUAGUACACUCGGUGCUACUACAUUGUAUCAUAACACUCUAGUGCAGUGUUGUUUAUGUGGUUGUAACAGUUUCUUCACACUCUGAAUGCAGUUUUAUAGGACCAAGUUGAUGUAAACUUGCCAUCACCAACACAUAGUUUAAUGAAAAGUUGAACAGAUGAGAGGUCAGUCCUUGCUAUGUUCUCUGAUGUUACCCCUGGCUAGGGGUAUAUAGGGCGCUGUACUAAGAUAUCGCACCAGCACACAUCUGGCCAGGGGGUAAUUCGUUCAUAGUAAGAAUUUGGCUAGGGGGGAUAACACCCUUAUACCAGGAGUUCACAUUUAGGCUGCUUUUGUGUAUCCUGGUUGAAACGAGGCAGGUGACACAGACAUAGUCUACGAUAUAUGACCAUAGGUAGAUGAGAAAUGGUCAAACCUUAUAGGCAGAGCUCCAAAUGUUCUGUGACAAAUAUAGAUAACAAUACAUCAAGUAUUAUUAGUACUUCUUUCAUCUUACUAAAUUUCAUAAUAUAUCCUGAAAAUAUAUCCUGAGACAACCUUGUUUUAUGUAGUAAUACUACACACCAGUGGAAGUCAGUCUUUAUUCUGGUCAGGCACACCAACACUCCUCAAUAUGCUCACAGCAAAGUCAGCCUUGGUCCUGAUAUGUACUGUUCAUAUUUUUAGCCAGUUGAAAUGGUUAAACCAGAUACCCAAAAGUGCCCCAGACAUACAUUCAGUCAGGGGGGAUAACUCCAUUGUGCUUAGAUAUCACACCAGUGCCGUUUUCGUUUAAACAGUUGAACUGGUCGGACCACAGUUUAUGUAAUAAGGUCGGACCUAGUAAUCUGAUGCUGCUUCAGGCAAGCCUUGACAAAAUAUUGAACAGACUGUCAUUGGUUAUUCGGCCAGGGGUGGAAUGGAGGAUGACUCCUGAACAGACUGUCAUGGGAUAUUCGGCCAGGAGUGGGAUGGAGGGUGACUUGUGAACAGACUGUAAUAGGUUAUUCGGCCAGGGGUGGGGUGGAGGGUGACUCCUGAACAGACUGUAAUAGGUUAUUCGGCCAGGGGUGGGGUGGAGGGUGACUCCUGAACAGACUGUAAUGGGUUAUUCGGCCAGGGGUGGGGUGGAGGGUGACUCCUGAACAGACUGUAAUGGGUUAUUCGGCCAGGGGUGGGGUGGAGGGUGACUCCUGAACAGACUGUAAUGGGUUAUUCGGCCAGGGGUGGGGUGGAGGGUGACUCCUGAACAGACUGUAAUAGGUUAUUCGGCCAGGGGUGGGGUGGAGGGUGACUCCUGAACAGACUGUAAUGGGUUAUUCAGCCAGGGGUUGGGUGGAGGGUGAAUCCUGAACAGACUGUAAUGGGUUAUUCGGCCAGGGGUGGGGUGGAGGGUGAAUCCUGAACAGACUGUAAUAGGUUAUUCGGCCAGGGGUGGGGUGGAGGGUGACUCCUGAACAGACUGUAAUGGGUUAUUCAGCCAGGGGUUGGGUGGAGGGUGAAUCCUGAACAGACUGUAAUGGGUUAUUCGGCCAGGGGUGGGGUGGAGGGUGAAUCCUGAACAGACUGUAAUGGGUUAUUCAGCCAGGGGUUGGGUGGAGGGUGAAUCCUGAACAGACUGUAAUGGGUUAUUCGGCCAGGGGUGGGGUGGAGGGUGAAUCCUGAACAGACUGUAAUGGGUUAUUCAGCCAGGGGUUGGGUGGAGGGUGAAUCCUGAACAGACUGUAAUGGGUUAUUCGGCCAGGGGUGGGGUGGAGGGUGAAUCCUGAACAGACUGUAAUGGGUUAUUCGGCCAGGGGUGGGGUGGAGGGCGACUCCUGAACAGACUGUAAUGGGUUAUUCGGCCAGGGGUGGGGUGGAGGGCAACUCCUGUGUAAUCAAAUGCCAUACCAGGUCUGUGUUCAGUUAAGAGAACUUUUUCAAACACUUCAAGUCUUGAAGUAAAACUGCUAUUAUCUAAUGUCAAUACUUUCUCAGUAGAAACUCUUAUCAUGACAAUUUACAAGUUAAACUGGUCUGUUUAAUAACUGGUAACCAAAAUUUGUUUCUUAUCAUGAUUAUUGAUUCCCCAAAUGUUUCUCCUCAAUUUCCUGAAGUUGUGUAAGAAAUGUGCUGACUGAUGGUUCGUGUGCCUUACAGAGAUAUGUUGUAUUGCCAUACACACUGUGAAACACAGGGUAUUGUUUUUAUAAUGACCGUAAUCAUUGUUACAGAACUUAGAAUAUAUGUUAUGACCAGAAAUGUUGUUGCAGAAUUGAUAAUAUGUCUGUUUCUAUAGAAGAUCUGGAAUCUCAUUAAUAUCAUUAGAUUGUGUUGCUGUGUAUUGAGCUGUCAUUAGGAUAUUACCUAUGUUUUGUAUUAUUGAUGUCGUUAGAUUGUCCUAUUGUGUGUUAUCAUCCUAAUGUAUUGCAAACAUCUAAUGUUAUUUUAUUUAUUACAAAUUUUAUUGAAGAUGGAUCAAAAGGAUUGUACAACAUGCUGAUAUAAGCUUCCAGACUUUCAUUAUGUUUUGGUCAUGAAACAUUUUACAUGUAUUUUCUAUUAGAGCAGGCCAUUUUUAAUUCGUUUAAUAAAAUAUAAUAAGAACUACAACUAUUGACCCCUAUCAUAGAACAAUGACAUUUUAAACACAAAGGAUACCAUCUACCCAUAUCAUAUCAAAACCAAGGGCAUUAACACAUAGAGUCCAUUCCUAUCAUAGAACAACACCAGUAUCAUAGACCAUUAAUCCUCUCAUAGAAUGUCCAAUUACAUUAUGUCGGUCCAUAGCCUGUCCUCUAUAGACCCAUCAACCUCUGUCAUAGAACAACCAAGGUCAUCCUCACACUUCAUACCUCUGCAUUUUCUCCUUUGUUUUGUCUACUUUUUUGCCUUGUUAUUUGUUAUGAAUAAUAAUGCAGGUUGAGUUUUGGUUAGUUAACUGGCUCAAAAUGUUUAAAAUGUUUAAUACGAAUCUGAAUGUACUGGUGAUUUGGCUUAUGGCUUUAAAACUCUCACACUGGGGCUGGCUGCUGAGACCUGGUGGUUACACAUUCCUGACUAUUACACUGUCUUUUGUUGGCACAUGCUUCCCUUUAUCAGAAAACCUCAUCUAUCAGUCAAUCUUGACCUGUUAAAGUCCAGAAAUAUUUCUAUACUGAGCUCAGAUAAAUUACCAUGCAUGUAGAAUUUGGGCUUUUAAAACAAUGUAUGAGGUCAAACAUUUUUGUAUCAAAAAUAUUUAUGUAUAUUUCAUUAUUUAUGAGAGUUUGUGAGAACAGCAAGUAUGUAUGUUUUUAAUAGGAUUGUGUUGUUAAUAUAUCCAUGUCUUUGUGUGUUGGUCCUUACAUACAGAGCACUCGUGUACAUGUACUGGCAGUAUCUACAAGUGUUAUAGCUGUAUACAGUAUGUCAGCAAAUAUUUACACCAGUUUUAACUCUCAACCUUUUCACCCUGUAUAAUAAGGACAAAUUCAUUGUGGUGGUGACCAUUGGUAUAAAAACUUAAAUCAGAACACAUCCAACUUAUAGAACACAACCUCCUAUAUUACACAGCCACUGUUAGCAAACACCCUACCAUCAGUACACAGCCUAUAAUAACUACACCAUCUCCUAUAUUACACAGCCACUGCUAGCAAACAUCCUACCAUCAGUACACAGCCUAUGAUAACUCCACCACACUGCUAGCAAACAUCCUACCAUCAGUACACAGCCUAUGAUACCUACACCACACUGCUAGCAAACAUCCUACCAUCAGUACCCAGCCUAUGAUAACUACACAGCCACUGCUAGCAAACAUCCUACCACCAGUACACAGCCUAUGAUAACUACACC